AUGCGCAUCUCGGCCACUGUCUCAGCCUUCGCCCUCGCCCUCCACCUCGGGGGUGUUGCCGCUCUCGGUCCCCGCCAGGAGGCCAGCAACAACGAGGAGUCCACCGUCUUCGUCGCCAAGAGCUUCAUCAUCGAAUACGCUCCUGGCUCCAGCGCUCGCGUUCGUCGUCAGAACGUUGCUUCCACCGACGGCAUCAAGGUCGUCAAGGAGUUCACCAGCAAUGUCUUCUCGGGCGCCAGCAUCGAGACUGAUACCUUCACCAUCGACACCCUGCAAGAGCUCCCCGAUGUCAUCAACGUCUGGGUUAACGAGGAAGUCAAGUUGGCUCCUACCGAGGGUCGCGCUGCUGCCCCCGAUGAUGCUGCCACCUACUCGACGCACAACGCCACCGGUGUAGCCAAGCUUCACGCUCAGGGCAUCUUUGGCAAGGGUGUCAAGGUCGGUGUCGUUGAUACCGGAAUCUGGUACAACCACGUUGCUCUCGGCGGUGGAUUCGGUCCCGGCUUCAAGGUCGCUGCCGGCUACGACUUUGUUGGAGACGGCUUCUACCCGUCAAGCGGCCCCAAGGCCCCCGAUGAAGACCCCCUCGACACCCGUGGUCACGGCACCCAUGUCGCCGGUAUCGUCGCUGGCAAGACUGACUCAUGGGUCGGUGUCGCCCCCGAGGCCACCCUCCACGCCUACAAGGUCUUCUCCAACGCCGCCAGCACCGAUACCGCCACUUUGAUCGAGUCCUUCCUGGCCGCUUACAACGACGGCGUUGACAUCAUCACCGCCAGUAUCGGUGGUGCCAACGGUUGGUCCAACAACGCCUGGGCCGAGGUUGCCUCUCGUUUGGUCGAUGAGGGAGUCGUCGUCACCAUCUCUGCUGGAAACAGCGGAGCCAACGGCCCCUUCUACGGCAGCUCCGGCUCCUCUGGCAAGAACGUCGUCGCCGUAGCCUCCGUCGAGACCGAGGUCUUCCCAGCCAUUCCCUUCGAGGCUACCUACGGCGGCAGUGAAACGGUCCGCGUCGGAUACCUCCCUGCCGGAGGCUACUUCCCUCCCACCAUUGUCGACUGGCCUAUCGUUGCCCUCAACACUGACACCAGUGACCCUGCCGACGGAUGCACUCCCUACCCGGCGGGGAGCCCUGACUUGACUGGAAAGAUUCCCAUCGUCCGCAGAGGAACUUGCACUUUCCAGGUCAAGCAGGAGAAUCUCGCCGCUCUGGGCGCCAAGUACAUUCUCAUCUACAACAACGGGUCCCCCAUGACGACCCCGUCCACCGGCAACACCGACUCUCAGAUCGCCCUGAUCACCGCCGAGUCUGGAGCCGCUUUCAUCGCCGCCAUCAAGGCUAACACUACCGUGACCGCCGACUUCUCGGUCAACCCCGAAAUCCCUAUUGCCCUCGACUACCCCGCCGGCAACCGCCCCAACACCUUCACCAGUUGGGGUCUGCUGUACGACAACCAGCUGAAGCCUGACAUUGGCGCUCCUGGUGGCAACAUCUUCUCGACCUACCUCAACGGCGAGUACGCCAUCCAGAGUGGAACGUCCAUGGCCUGCCCUUAUGUCGCCGGUGUCGCCGCUCUCUACAUCAGCCAGCAUGGUGGCCGCUCCGUUCAGGGCAAGGGUUUUGCCCGCGCACUGUCCCGCCGCAUCAUCUCCAGCGGCUACGCUCUGCCCUGGUCUGACGGCACUGCCACCGACUAUGGUUACACCGCGCCCCCGGCCCAGGUCGGCAACGGCCAGAUUGACGCCUGGAAGGUCCUCCACUACGACACCCAGCUCGAGUUCGAGAAGAUCCAGCUCAACGACACCCGUUACUUCUCCCGCUACCACGACAUCACCGUCUCCAACAAGGGCAAGUCGGACGUGACGUACAAGUUCUCGGUGCAGCCCAACGCGGGUGUGGACGCCCUCGCCUGGAUUCCCGCCUCCGGCGGCUUUCCCGGCACGAACCGUGUCAAGACGUUUACCCAGCUCCGCCCCAAGACGUACACGCCCGAGAUCAGCUUCCCCCGCGACUUCACCCUGAAGGCCGGCGAGAGCAAGACCGUCUCGGUCAACUUCAACAACCCGGACAACCUCGGCUGGAACACCACCGGCUUGCCCCUCUAUGGAGGCAAGGUCAUCAUCCAAGGCAGCAACGGCGAGCAGGUGUCGGUCCCCUAUGCCGGCGUCGGCGCCGAUCUCCGCAACACGCUCGGCGGCGUCCACGAGGCCGGCUGGCCGCAGUCUUUCUCGACGGUUGACGACACGCCCAUCAGCGAAAAGGCGACGUACUCUUUCGACCUCAGCAUCGAGGCCCAGGAUUUCCCCAAGAUCUACCAGAAGCUCUUGUGGGGAACCCGCCAGACGCGCUGGGAUAUCUUCGACGCCAGCUGGACGGAACGCCAGUGGGUGUACCCUCCCGUCGAGGGCAAGAACGGCUACGUCGGCUCCGUCGCCUCGUGGGUGGGUUCUGGCAAUGUUCAGACGUUUGACCCUGCGCAGUACGACCCUGACCAGACCUUCACUUACCCCAUCACCGACGUCUCCCGCGACACGGCUGCAACGUACAAUGAGCACUGGUGGUUCGGCAAGCUGGGCAACGGCAGCCAGAUCGCGCCGGGCGAAUACCAGUUCCGCUUCGCGGCUCUCCGCCCCUUCGGCAACCCCACGCACGCUGACAACUGGGAUGUCUACAGGACGCCCAAGAUCACCAUCACUGGACAGUACUAG